AUGUUGAGACACAUCUUUGGGGCAGCUGAUUCCCCAAGCUGUUGCAACUACAUCCUCAAGAGGACUGCUGAGGACUGCCGUGGCGAUUUUGCUGAGGAAGCGAUUGAUGCAGUGCAGCAAGAGUGUUAUGUGGAUGACUUCCUACAGUCAUUGCCUGACACUGAUAAGGCGAUCGAGAUGAGACGGGAUGUGACCUCAGUGGUGGCCACAGGAGGGUUUCAUCUGACAGGCUGGAUGAGCAAUAACCGUGAAGUUUUGGCCAGCAUACCAGAGAGUGAGCGAGCGAACCCCUCCCUUGACCUAGAUUUGGAUAAUCUACCAAUAUCUAGGACACUCGGACAAAGGUGGGAUGUGGAGCGGGACAUCUUCUAG